GCUCCCGGGCUGAGCUGGGUGGGCCUGAGGCCAGACUGAGAGGCCCCGGGGAGGUGAGCGAGGGCCUUACCCAGCACUGGAGGGUCGCAAAGCCGCGGGCGUUCCCGGAGGUGGUCAUUGCGAACCUGGUAGCUGAGGGCAUCAUGGUAGGAGGCUUGAAGAGGAAACACUCAGAUCUGGAGGAGGAAGAGGAGGAUGAGAAGUGGGACUGGGGUCCAGCAGGCCUGCGGAGCUACCAGCAAGCCCUGCUCCGUAUCUCCCUAGACAAAGUCCAGCGAAGCCUGGGCCCCCGAGCACCCAGCCUUCGCAGGCAUGUCCUCAUCCACAAUACCCUCCAGCAGCUCCAAGCUGCGCUUUGCCUGACUCCUGCACCUGCCCUGCCCCCAGAGCCCCUCUUCCUGGGCGAGGAGGACUUCUCCCUGUCGGCCACCAUCGGCUCUAUUCUCAGGGAGCUGGAGACCUCCAUGGAUGAGACUGAGCCCCCUCAGAAUCCAGUGGCUCCCCCGGGCCCCCAGAAUGAAGUGCUGCCCCAGCCCGAUCCAGUCUUCUUAGAAGCUCUGAGCUCCCGGUACCUGGGGGACUCUGGCCUGGAUGACUUCUUCCUGGACAUUGACACAUCUGCAGUGGAGAAGGAGCCUUCACUGGCCCCACCAGAGCCUCCUCACAACCUUUUCUGUGCCCCAGGGUCCUGGGAGUGGAAUGAACUAGAUCACAUCAUGGAAAUCAUUCUGGGAUCCUAAAACUUUGAUGGGGGGUGCCUCUUCCUCGUCGCAGCCUUGGUGGGCUGAAUCCCUGGAUGCAACUGUGUGUGUGUGUGUGUGUGUGUGUGUGUGUGUGUGUGUGUGUGUGUGUGUGUGUGUUUUGAUGGGGGCUCUAAGCAGUGGCUGUGGCCUCCUUCCUCCCAUUUCAGGGUUCCAGAUUGUCUCGCAUGUAUGUGUGUGUCUAGUUAUCGCAACCUUCUGUGAAGGUGGGUCUUCCUGAAUUAAUUUAUCUGUUCCAAAUGCCUUAAUGAGACUCUGUUUCUGGGAGUCUGAUUUCCCACUUCCACAUUUCUUCUGCCUUUCCCUCCAGUUCCUACUCCCCUUGUGUCCACUGGGGCCUCAGGGAAGAUAGUUUGGGCCUGUCAAAGGAUGACAGGGAUGUGCGCCUGAUUGCUAUGGAAACCCAGCCUCUGCCUCUUGCACCUCCAGGUAGUGGGAGGGGCUGGCCUCCUCCCCACAGGCUGAACCCCACCUCCUUCACAGGACCGCAAUCCAAGCAGCCUCCUGAUUCAUGACCAGGCCGGACCACGUGCAAUAGGGUGGAAACCAAACUGCUCCAUGCCACAUUAUUUAAAAGAAAGGCGGGUUUUGUGGUGGUUUUUUGUUUCUGUUUUUGUUUUUUGAUUGUUUGUAAUGAUUUUUUUUUUUUUAAUAAAAGUACUUUGGAAGGA